ACUCACGUUCCCUUCAGAACGUCUAACGUCGUUCUAUCGAACGUUGUCAGGAAACCUUCGUUCAUAUUUAUUGUUUAUAAAACAUUGACUUGCAACAUAACAAGCUUUCUAUUAUAUUAAAACAGUUUUAGAUCUGUCAUAUGAACGUCGUAAGAAAAAGUUCAUUUGCAUGAUUUAAUAUCUUAUCAGUAAUGUUCUUACGAAUUGACGCAAUGCUUGAUGAUCGUUCGAGGCUGCAGAGGAAACAGAGCGGACAGGGAUGAGAAAGACACACCCUUUGAAAAAUUACUGUCACUACUUGUAAACACGAACAGAUGAGAGAAUGAGUCAUAGCGCUAGUAAAGUAGGAACGUGCCGCGGUCUCCAUACUUAUUCCUCCAUGAUGUCAAGAAGACGCCAAAUAAGGAGACCGCGAGCUUCUCGAGUUUCCAAAGGAAUUGCGUGUGAUCGCAUCAGCUCUCUCGGUUGAACGCUUCAAGUACUCGACCGAUAGCAUUCACUUUAUACCGUAGAUUUAACAAGCAAAAGCUCCAGCAGUUUAAUGACAAUAAUCGUCGACGAUUUGUCACGGUUCGUGGAAACGUCUCUAUCAUUUCGGAUGAUUUAAUUGCGCAAUUAAUUCGGAAACCCGGUGGGAACGAAUCGUGUCAUUUCUUAUUACCUGAGAAAUGAGAGGAAUGAAAAUAUCGAUUUGAUUGAACAGCUUUUACUCUCAUUGAUUCAUGCCAUAAAAUAUUGCUUAUUGCAUUUCUACUGAUAAGAGGUAAGGUGUGACGUGACUCGUUACUUCUUAUUGAUGCUUUCUGCAAAUGUCAUGCGGCCAUCGUUUCUGAACGUUUCUAUAUACGUUUUAAAUCGAUUUCAAUCGAAGCAGCUCGAAGGACGCGUUCCAAAUAGGCCGAGGAAGCGCACCGAGAAAUUAGAAAUUCUUCAAAUAAAGCAUGAAUCAUUUUAUGAAUUCUGGUAAAGUUCUGAUAAACGCAGGAGCAUUGAUAUUCUUAGAGGAAUUGAACAGGAGCCUAAUAAGUAUAUUGCAUGUUGGAUUAAUCUGUGAUUCUGCGUUCUACUUUCUAAAUGCGUUUAUUUCGCAUGAAAAAGCUUGCUCGCUCUGGCAUCAUCACAUGUGUACUAAUCGGAUAAAAAACGAGCCGAGAUUGAUUACGAUCUGGCAUAAUUAAUUCGAUCGAAUUCAUAUUAUUCCUAAUCGUCUUGCGCCUCGCUUUCGUUUCGGUUUUCCCUCGUUCCGUUACGAGAAUUAUUAUUAGGCAAUCCGUUUGGAUAAGCAAACCGGUGAAAGUCAAGUCUCUCUCCGUUGAUAAUUGAAUAUUUAAACGUACGCGAUGCGAUAUCUAAUGAGAUAUGAAUUGUUUAAUUUCUCCUUUAAGAAGGUGAAAAAAUGUUGCUCCGUUACCAGUUGUCUUUAUCCUCUCGGCGGCGCGCGGACCGGAUGAAAGAGCGGGCGCGAGAAAAAUAGAUAUGCCGCGAAAGAUGCGCGGUGUCGUCGGAAAUAAACGUGUCAGGGGUGAGGAUAUUUAGGCGGGGAGAAAGUAAGAAAGUUCUCUUCGUGGGGUUCUGUGAACUCGCGUGUAAAUAUGGGCCUCAUAUUGGCCAGCAGUGACAGCCGAAACUGGAGGUCCUUUUUCGAAGCCAUGGGCAAUUUUAUUUUCAAGAGUGGCAGCGACAAUACCACGCCAAAAGCUGCGGAGCAUGAGGUGAAGGUCCAAUUCGCCCGCGAGUUCGCCGACGUUGAAACUAUCACCUGCUCGGCACCGCGCACUGUGUCCUCGGCCAGAAGCGUUCACAGUCGCGCCAGUACGAACGGUAACGACAGCAGCUUAGAAAUUCCUCAUUCCUACGUGAACUCGAACAUCUCUGGAUUAGACGACUUGAUCCACGGAGUAGCGAAGAUAGAAUUGAACAGCGAUGACGAACGUUCAUUCAAUGCUUCCCAAAAUUCCGACGACUUUAGUCUAAAUCAAACAUUCGCCUCUGCUACAGAAUUCGAUUCCUCGCGUUUACCAAACGAUUCUAUAUCAGAGAUUAUAGAACAACCUACACGAACAGCUGUUUGCGUCAGGGAACCUCCGCCUGUAGUGCUUGCAUCACCGGGUAGAAGGUGUAGCUUCAUUAAAUUAGAGGUAAAGUUAGACGAGUUAGUGGAGAAUCCGGAAUCUCCUGAACAAAAUUACGACUCGCAUAACAGCAAGAGUAAAACGAAUAGUAGCCUUGCAAAUGACAUUGAAGAGAGUCCGCUAAAUAGCAAGACGAAUGAAUCCCUUUCCAAGAAAAACGUGGACCAUUUGGAAAAGGCGGAUGCAGUGAAUUCCACGAAGCAAGAGGAAAGCAAGGAGUUGACCGAAAGUGAAUCCGAAAAUCGGGACUCGGAAUCCAGUCCAAGCGAUCUUCAAGAUGUUCUUUUGAACUCUGAAGUAUCGGGAGUUGAACAGCACUCGGAAUCCAAACUAGAGACAGAAAAUUCAUCAUUGACUGCAUUAGAUAUCAAACAACCAAGUUUUGAAGAACUGAAAACUGAAUUGGAUUCAAUCGAUUUAGAUAAGUUCGAGAAUAUUUCUUUGACACCUGAAAUAGAUUCGAGCAUCAAAUUAGAAAAAUCUUACAACGCUUUUCUAAAUGCUGAAGAAUUAGAGAAAUUCAUAAAAUCCAAAUUAGAAGAACAAAAUAAUUCGCUGACUACGUUGUGUAUCGAACAACCAAGUCUUGAAGAACUGAAAACUAGUACCACUGAACAGGCAACCAAUGAAUUAGAGUCGGUCGAUCUGGAGAAAUUCCACAGUGCUCUUCUAAAUGCUGAAGAACUCAUAGAAUCCGAACCACAGGAACAAGCUACUUCAUUGGCUACGUUAAGCAUCGAACAGCCAAAGGAAGAAUCGAAAGCUUCUAAACAGAUAGUUAACGAAUUAAAUACGACCGUCUGUUUAGACGAACCUCAAGACGUUUCUCAGAACUUCGAGGGAUUACCAGAAGCUGAACCGUGCGUGGAGUUCAAACCCCAGAGUACGUCGUUGAAUACUUUAGACGUCGAACGGCUAACUUCCGAAUUACAGGAAGUUGUUGAACAGGUCGCCAAUAAAUCAGAUUCUGGCGUCACUCCAGACGAACCUCAAGAUCUUUCUUCUAAAGUAACACCGGAAGUUCAACAUUGCAUAGAAUUAAAACCCCAGCGGCAAAGUACUUCAUUGACCACUGUAGACGUCGAACAGCCUAGUUUCGAAGAAUCGAUAGCUACUGAACAAGUAGCUAGUAAAUUAGAUUCGACUACCGACCUACACGAACAUCAAGAUGUUCCUUCGAACCAUAAAGUAACACCGAAAGUCGAACAGUACGAGGAGUUUAAACCUCAACGGCAAAGUACUUCGUUGGCUACGUUAGGUAGCGUUCAGCCAGAUUUCGAAGAGUUGAAAGCUGCAGCCGCUGAACAGGUGGCCAAUGAUAUAUUUAAUUCUUCCUUGGGUUUAUCAGGGGACACCGACUGUUGUUUCGUCACCGCAACGUCCGACAUCUUCCAGGACCCUACGAGCUUCGACUUUUUGAUGAACCACGGGAGGUCACACGCUGUUAAAUUGAGAACUGAAUCCUUAUACAUAAAGUUCGAUCCUUUGGCAUCUAACGUCAGGAUGUUACCUCAGGGAAACGCUCAGCCUAUAGACGGGGAACAGAACGAGAAAAGUGAAAGCGUACCAGCGGACAUCAACACCCCUAAACGUAGUCCUGCCAUAUCGGCUAUAGAUAGAUUACUUUUUUAUAGUCCUCUUUCUACAAGCAUGACACAAAAAGCAGAUGAAACUCAGGAGAAGGUGGCGAGCAAAGAGCAGCCUACGGAGGAACCAAUAAUCACCGAAAUUAAUAUGAGUAAAGAAUUAGAAUUAGUUCGAACGUCUGUACUUCACUUAGAAGAACAACUAGAAAAAAGCAAGAAGGAGUACCAAGCCGAGUUGGAGAAACAGCAGGAAAAGAUAAGCAAAUUGCAAGGACAACUCGAACAGGAGGUGAAGAGCAAAUCGCAGAUGACGGUCGUAGUCGAGGAAUAUGAAAAGUCGAUCAGCCGAUUGCUAACAGAGAGGGAAAGGGAUCGCACGAAUUUCGAACAAGAGAAAGGAAAGCUUCAAGAAGAAGUGCAAUCUACCAACCUCCAUUUAGCUAACAUGGAGGUUGCAUUCAGCGAUAUCCAUCACAAAUACGAGAAAUUGAAAGCAGUUGUUUCUGCGUACAAGAACAAUGAGUCCGUACUGAAAGAGAGCAUCCAGGAGAACCUGGAAACAAUAAAGGGCUUGGAAAUCCGAUACGAACAACUGAAAAACCAUGCCAUGUCCCAAUUAGAAAAAGCUAAUUACGAACUGGAUGCUAUGCGAAAGCAGCAUGAAGAUGAGACCGUGACGCUCCAUGCAAUGGUCAGGAAGGCGGAGUUGAAGAGCAACUCAUUGGCGGAGUUGGUCGAACAGAAGAUCAAAGAGAACAAGGAACUGACGCAAAUUUUAGAUGAAGUGAUCGCCAGGGUAGGCCACCAGAACGCGGAAUAAAAUCAUUCAAUCGCGGAGAACAUUUAUAUGUUAGAUAAAAAAUUUUAUUUUAAGGUUCUGAACACGAUUUUUAAGUUUGACGACGAUUGUACAUACGCGCUGUUUUUAAAAUAUUGGUUUAUAGUUUUAAACACGACCAUAUGUUAAGUACUAUUAAUAUUAUUACUACUCGGUGCGAUUGUACGCGAAUAAUUAGGUACGAUUGUACAUACGCGCGGUAUUUAAAAUAAUUGCCAAUUACAUUCUGUUUUUUACUAAGCACCUUUUAUUGAUUAUUUAUAAGUUGUGAGAUAUACGAACUAUUUUACCGCUAAUAAAAAAAUAGGCACAUUAAA